AUAGAAUAAAUUGGGCCUAGCCCAAUUAUUCUAACAUAAAAGAAUUAGAAUUAAAAAAUAAUUUAUUAUUAUCAACUUAAAAGAGUAUAUAGAAGAUAUAUAUAUAUAUAGGAAAGAGAGUAAUCACAUAAAAAGACUAAAAUUAAGUGAAAAAUAUAUGCAUGGUGUCAUAAUUUUAGCAAUCCCGUCUAAUUUUGCAGGGGCCAAAACGCAUAAUUUUCCUCUGGAGCAGCUAUAUAUAUGAGACUCUACGUGCUCACUCCAUCGACACUGGCCAUCCAUCCCGCCUAUGGGUAGCACGGGAGAAGUAAUGCUGGCAUCGGGAGGAGGAGCGGCGCCGGCGCCGGCGACGUCGCGCGACGGGCGGGGCGCCGCCGCGGGGCUGGGGCCCGUCGCGUUCAAGGACGCCGCCGACGCCGACGCCAUCCCGGUGCGCCCUCCCACGGAGCACGACGCCGCCGUGUCCGCCAUGCCGGCGCGCGUCUUCCACAACCUGAAGCUGCGACAGCACCAGGGGUACUGGGUGCUCGACGCCUGGGCGCGCGGCGCGGUCGCCAUGCAGCGCGGCGGCGGCGGCCUCGUGCCCCGCGCCGACGGCGACGUCCUCCUCGCCAGCCUCCCCAAGUCGGGGACGACGUGGCUCAAGGCGCUCGCGUUCGCCGUCAUGGCGCGGGCGGCGCACCCGCCGGCGAGCCCCGACCACCCGCUCCGCCGCCUCAACCCGCACGACUGCGUGCCCCUCGUCGACAGGCUCUUCGCCCCCGGCCGCGACGCGGUUCUCGACGAGCUGCCGUCGCCGAGGCUGAUGUGCACGCACAUGCCGCUGUCGCUGCUGCCGGCGACGGUGGCCGACGGUAGCUCCGGCUGUAAGAUCAUCUACAUUUGCAGGGAUCAGAAGGAUGCAUUGGUCUCCAUGUGGCACUUCCUGAAGCGCAAUGGGCUACAAAAUCUGUACGAGUCCUUCUGCGAGGGCACAUGCUUCGGGGGCCCUGUUUGGAAUCACAUUCUCGAGUACUGGAGGGCAAGCAAAGCGAACCCAAGCAGGGUGCUCUUCCUUAGAUAUGAGCGGCUGCUUCAAGACCCAACAGACAGCAUCAGGGAGCUAGCCGAGUUCGUCGGGCAGCCAUUCACUAGCUCCGAGGAAGAAGCUGGUGUUGUCACGGAGAUCGUAGAGCUCUGUAGCAUGGAGAAUCUCAUGAGCCAGAAGGCCAACAAGGAAGGCGCCCAAGGUGUGUUCAUCAAGUUCUCUCACGACUCGUAUUUCCGGAAGGGGGUGGCAGGGGGUUGGACGAGCCACAUGACCCCUGAGAUGGGAAGACGUCUGGAUGCGAUUCUCCGGGACAAGUUUGAUGGGUCAGGACUCACUAUCUGAAUAUGCAUUUAGUUUUACGUGUGUUUCGUCUUUUAAUUUAUGCUUAACAAUAUAUAGUAGUACGCAAAAAACGUUGGAUUGUUUUUUUUCUUGUUGAACCUUUUCUCCAUGUAUUGAAAUAAUGGUGUUGUUUGGAAGUAUAGUCUGUAACCUUUUAUGCUUGUAAAACGGUUAUAACUUUGUAAUUUCCAGGGCACCAAGGAAAACCCUUUAAUUGUAAUUUCCCUAAUUCGGUUAAUCACAAUGUAGCUUGUAUUUUGGUAA